AUGGAGGAUAUUAGGGCCAUGGUGAUUGCCAAGAAACAUGGCAGUUUUUACCAGAAAAUGGAUUCCGGUGAGAUAACAGCAGGUUCAGAGAUGAGGGGAAGAGGGAGAGCUGUCCGGAGUUGGAUUUAUGGGUGUUUAUCCUCUACACAUUUUUUUAUACUAUUCAAAGGAUGCCCUUCGGGGGUUUUUGGAGCCUCACGUGGGCUUCGUCAAGGUGAUCCUUCGUCCCAUUUUUUGUUCACCAUUUAUGCAGAGUGCUUUAGUCGUUUUGUUCAGAAUGUUAAAGCAAAAUGGCAAUUUGUGGGUUUUCUUAUGCCUAAUAAUGGUCUGUGUAUAUCGCACUUACAAUAUGCUGAUGAUAUAUUGCUUUUUUGUGUGGCUAAAUGUGACCAAGUUGAGAAUAUUGCUACGUUCUUGAAAUGCUGUGAAGUAGCUUUGGGGCUUAAGGUUAAUUUUGAAAAAUCUACAGUGAUGGGUAUUAAUUGUGGUGAUGGGUGGUAUAUGCCUGAAAUUGCUGUUAUCUGGAAGUGGCCUUUGCCGCUUAAGAUUCAAGCCUUUUUGUGGUUGGCAAUGCAAGAUAAGGUUCUCACUAUUGAUAAUCUUAUCAAAAGAUCUUGGGAUUGCUAUGAUUAUGCCUGCGGCAGUCUAGGGGAUUAUUAUGAAUUUAGUGGUUUCAUGGCUUCUACAUUCUAG